AUGCACCCACGGGUCCUCGUGCAUUUGCUUCUAGGUCCGGUUUUUAGGUCGAAAGAAAGGCGGGGAGAGCAGCGCCCCUCUCCGGUCCGUUCGCAGAAGGUGCACGUGCUGCCGCAGACCGUGCUCUACAUAGCCGACGCGGAGACGUUCAGCGGGCACGAGGAGUGCCACGAGCAGAAGAAAGCCAGGAAAAGAAACAGUAAGGAAACAGCAACUGCGCUUGAAAAAUUGUUGCCAAAGCGAUGUCAGGUUCUUGGACUGGUCACCCCAGGGAUUGUAGUUACCCCUAUGGGAUCAAGCAGCAAUCAACCUCAAGAAAUUGAAGAAGGCGAAGCUGGGUUUGCUCUGUUGUUUCCCAAAAUCGAUGGGGUAAAGAUUCAUACCUUCCAUUUUUCAAAAGACUUGAAGAACAGGGUCUUUGAUGAGAGUAAAUUUGCUGAAGCAGGUCUGAAGAAUAACCCAGAUCUCCGGGUGGUUCUUCUGUUUGGCUACAACUCCUGGAAGUCUGGAGCGACUCGAUUUCUUCAUCAAAUAGUCAAUCCUUUAAAUGAGAAAAGUAUCAUCCUGGCUGGGGGACAAGUGGAGAGCUUUACAUCACUGACCUCUGAGAAUAGGAGCGCGCAGCCCGGCGAUGCCUGUGGUGUGGUCGGGCUGGCUUUCAGCGGUCCCCAGAUCCAGAGUGCCACUGUGUUGUUAGACCAGGACGUAGCUGAUGAGAGGACAGCAGAAGCCGCCAUGCAGCGUCUCAAAGCAGCAAACAUCCCCGAGCGUAACACCAUUGGCUUCAUGUUUGCAUGUGUUGGCAGAGGAUAUCGGCAUUAUAAAACCAAAAGGAAUAUGGAAGCAGAUGCCUUUAGGAAGUUUUUUCCAGACGUUCCCCUCUUUGGCUUUUUUGGACAUGGGGAAAUAGGAUGUGAUCGAAUAGUUACUGGGAAUUUCGUAUUAAGAGAAUGUAAUGACAUAAAGGAUGACCUGCUUCACGGUUACACUACCGUUAUGACUCUCAUUCAUCUUGGUUCAACUAAAGCAAACCAAGCGUAAAUGUUUUUAAUGCUUCAGUGAGCUGUUUGUUUCAUUCCAGAAAGCUGAGAGGUCUGGAAGAGCGGACAUCUUGCAAUCAAAGCUCCUUCCAAAACAUAAACAUCAUUUUGGUAAUAUUAUCGAAUCUUGUAGUUGGAAUAGAGUUUAAUGUAAUAGCCACGAGAAAGCUUUGCAUUUUGUGUAAUCCCCUGUACACAUCAGAAUUGCAGGUAAAUGAUAUUUGAUGGAAUUCUGCAACUGAAGAAAGCCUCUUUCUUCCAAAAUGAGAAUGGUUUGCACAGAUGGCAGUUGGAAUCCAAAUAUCAAUGUGUAGAAAGAAACAGUACUUUGAUGCACUCUAUUUAUGUAUGUAAAACAGUCUAGAAAAACUACUGAUGCACAUUGAAAUACUGAUGCAUAAAAUCCACCAUUUCCUGGAUUUUAUUUCAAGAGAUGCACACCCUGCCUAGGCUUGAGUCCUAUUUACAGAACCAAAUGGUUUUACUAGAUAAAAUGAAUUUAGGGAAAAAUAACUAAGUGCUCAUUAAAUAAAGAUGAGAAUACGCAAAACUACCUUGCCUUCUGUUCUUAGAGAAAAAGCUCUGAUUUAAAGAGUCUAGUCACAAGCUCAGCUUGUCUCCCCCUCUUGAACUGAAUUUCAGUUGUCUUAAAUAACUGGUUUAGAAUAAUAUCUGAUACUUUGUGUGUACCAGCAGUUUCAGUCUUUGCGUUUUAAGUUUACACAAUCAAAAUGCACUAGUUGCCUUUUCCAUUAGAUUCUCUUGUAGCAUGAUGCUCUCUGUUAAAAACUUUUUAAAUCCAGAGGGCUAAAAAUUAAGACUUCCUGAUAUCUUUAAAAAGUUCCUUGAAAAAGGGUUUUUUUCUUCUUAGUUUGAAAUUGUGGGCCCUAGGAGAUCUGGCUGUGUUCUAUUUAUGUAGGGCCUUUAAACAAGACCUGUGCUUUUGCAUGUUUUUCCCCUGCUUUCACAUCAGUCACCUGUUUAGAUUGCUGCAGCUGGAAUGCAGUAUUGCAAAGUUCAAGGAAGUAAUUCAGCAUAGUCUCAGUAUUGCUAAUAAUAUAUUUGCUCCCUUUCAAAUACUUUCUUCCCUUUUAUUUUCACUUAGAAUGACAAGAAAAUAAAUUAAUUUUGCACUGUUUCACCACACUUCUAAAGGCCAAAGCAGGCAGCUGGCCCAUUUUUGGUGUAGUAAAAAAAUACUUAGCUGUCUGUUGUACAACAAAAUAAUGAUAUUUUGCUUGAAAUGUACCAGCUGAGACUACAGUUGGCACCUUUUGGCCCAUGUUUAGUUAAAACCUUUCCUGAACUUGGCCUAAUGAGCUAAGGUAAAGGCAGCAGUGUCCUGAGGGUUAACUGUUGUUUCAGUGGGUGCUGAGCACAGGCAGCACUUCCCCAUGGCUGUGUCUGUGAUGGGGUUUUUUAAUUAGAAGACAGUGGAUGAGCAGUGAACUCCCAGUGGCCUUCUAGGGAUAGGAGAUUAGUAAGCGUGGGUGUGACUUGGAAAAUGUUUUGUUACUGCAUUUAGAAGGAAAGGUAUUUGGAAAUGGAGUAUGCUUGAAUUUUAAGAGAAGCCUCUCAGUGGGAGGUGGGUACGUGUUUUUUCAGCAUAAUGGGAAUGUCUGCAUAAGCUACAUUUAACAGGAGGCAAAGAAAAUGUUUGAUUUCUGUAGCACAGACACGAUUCCUGUAGCCGUUAGCAAGAGUUAGGGCUAGUCAGCAUCACUACUAGCAUAAGCCCACAAACCAUAACUAACGUUUUGCUGUAGUAGAAGUAGAUGAAGUAUGAUCAACCACGUGCCCUGAACAACAGUGCAAACGCCCAGAAGUCUCCGAGGACGCAGCUGGUGAGUCCAGCGAGGGCGCAGCAAAAGGGAGAGUGCUUUGAAUGGGCUAAACGUCAGCAAGGUCCCGUGGCUGCCCAGUCCUGUAGCUGAGGACACUUAAGAGGUAAAUGUAGUAAAGAAAAGACGCGGGGGGAGGAACCCCAAGAGCCUGCACCAGAGUUCCAGGAUCGUCUCCAACCUCAGGGAGUGGGGAUGAGCCCAGAGGACCCCAGAACUGUGUGCUGCAUGGCUGGAACUGCUGCGCUGCCCCCCAGACUGUCUCAUGUCUUCCAAGCGACAGGGAAGUGGUGUAAUUGAUAAAACUGCAACAUCUGUGAUUAAAGUGUUUUGCUAUCCAAAUUCAUUUUGCCUCCAUAUUCAUUUGCUCUUCAACCAUGACAACCCCAGAGAGAAGCCAAAAUGUAUUUCUUAAAAAGUGCAUAUACCAAAAGGCAGAGCUUGUUCUUAGUUGACAGGAAGUUUUGCAGUGCACUAAUUUGUAACUGUCACUCAAAAAAUAACCACCAGGUUUUAAAGUGGACAAAGUAAGUUAAAUGAAUAUUCUGCAAUUGAGGCAAAUGUGAAUAGCAGAACUGCUCUAAAGAUAAUUAUCUGCAGUUACAGUGCUGAUGGUAAUAUGUUUCCAGCAAGAGAAUAUAAUCUCUAAGUGACUACAUCUGGAUUUUGGUUUUGUUAAGAAAAAAAGAAAACCUUCAAAGUCACAAGACCUGCAGGGAGGAGUGAUGGUUUUGCUCACAAAAGGUAAAAGACGUUUUUUCCCAUGUUUUGGAUAUGAAUAAUGUUUCCUGCCAUGUUUUUUCUUAAAGCAUCUUUCAGGUAAGUGAACUGUAGGUUUCAAAAGUACAAAAACCAGGCAAGGAGUGUGAUGUGUAGCCUCAUACUUGCACGACCAAAACAGCAAUUACCAAACAAAGCUAUUAUAUUCUAAACCGACUAAUCCAAAAAUCCCCUCGUUAUAGGAUAUUAUAACGUACAGUUCUAAGAAAGCCAGAAUCAUUUGAUAAAGCCAAAUGAUUCUAUUUCACAACUGUACUACCAGAAGGCAAUUUCAGUUAAAAACUGAAGAAAACUAAAGAUAGUGAACUUGGGUUUUGUUACUCUCCGUGUCAGAUUUGGUUUGGCCCAAGUUAAUACUGAAACAAGGUUUUUUUAAAGAGAUGACUGAGUCAUACUGAAUCAUGGCCCCUUGGCAGGGAACAGUAAACCAAGAUAUGUAAAUGAUGCAGCCAAACUGACUUCCAGCAUGCAGCAGAGAAGGUUGAUAAGAAAGUUAAACCUCAGACUGAAUUUUGAAAAAAAAAAAAAAAGUGAUUACAUACAAUUCUUAAUUAAUUUUUCUCAAAACUCACUUGGUGUCAUUACACCCUCUUAGUUUAUUUUUGUCUUUCUAAAAACAGUACUUUCUACUAGAAGUAAUUGUAGUGGUGUUCAUUAGCUUUCAUGUAAGACACUAACUUUGGUAUUGACAAAGUUUUCUGAACCCCUAAUGUCUGGCCAAAUGCGAGAAAAAACAUUUGCUGUUCAGAUGCCUAUUUUAUGAUGCAGAAAAGUAACAUUAGAGGUCUGGAAGUUUGCAUAGUUAGAAGUUGCAAAGAUAGUAAGCAUGUACUUUUCAAUGGUCUUUUAUAGGGUCUUUUAUAUUCUAAUCUCUGAGCACUCUGCGAACAUUAAGAAAAUAAUUAUUUCCCCCACUGUUUUUCUUGAUUAUAUUGUGGAGAAGAUCUUUGUGGGUUUUUUACUGUAUGAGUCUAUGGUGGAUCUCUAAAAUAUCUUAAUACAGCAGUUGUAUUUUGUGCACACCAAAGCAGACAAGAUAAACAUUAAACUAAUUACAGAGUUUCUUACCUGAGAUUUUUUCCUGUUCCUAAGCCAUUUCUCAGCCAGACACAGGCUCCAGAAGAGGCUCUGGAUUAGCCAUUACGGUGUUCUAUCUAGGAAUGUGUCUCCUGAACUAGAGGCUCAAAGGUGUGCAGCAAUGCAAACUGAGCUCACUUCUGGUGGUGGUGUGCCUUGGUCCUGUAGCACAGUUUAGGUCAAACAGAUACAAGUUCAAACACUGCAGGACCCUUGUACUGAUUAUUUUAUGCCUACCAGUGCUUUGUGACAAUGUAAGGUAUUUUUCUAAACAGACAACAUGUAGCUACAGUGAAAAAUGAAACUUUUUUUUUUUCAAAGGAAGAGCAUGAAAUAGGUUUGGAUUAUUUGGAGAUUCUAUUACCUGGAUGAUUAUGUUAGAAUCAUUAGCAGAGAAAUAGCUAACUGGAAUUUUUUUUCAAGUGCUUUGAUAAUUUAGGAGCAAAAAUUUUAUUCUCAAAUCAAUGGGAUUUGUGCUUCUAAAUGCUUUUUAAAAACAAUUUAUAGUUUGCCAUCAUUACAUUUCACAGCUAGAUCCUCACUGAGAUUAGCAGGUAGCACAAACUUCUCAAAAUAAAUGUUUCAGAGUGAUUCACAUCACUGAAUCAGUGGCAGUCAUGUCACCUUUUCAGGAUAAAUUUUCACAGCUAGAAGAGUUAGAAACAGCUUUUUU